AUGGACUACUCAACAUCAUUUGAAAGUUCACGGAAUCAGAACAUCGAUAUUGACACUGUUUUAUCAGCUCGAUUAGAAGAGUUUAAACAGAAGCUUCCUGAACGUUUUUCAAAAUCAAUUUAUGCAAUGAAAGCCGUUCAUGAUAAUGUGCCAGAUGAAUGGAAAGAACGGUUGCUACAAGCACGAAACAAAGGCAAUGGACAACGUGUUAUACUGAUUCCUUACAAUGUCGAAAGUUUUCAUUGGACUGGAAUUUUGUUAAAAUUUAAUACAGACAAAAAUAUUGAAUUGGCCCAAUUUAUGGAUCCAGUCGAAUAUUCUAAAUUUUAUCCUGAAAAAUUACAAAAUCAAUUCGCUGAAAUUUAUCCAGAUGUUUCUUUACGGUGGAGUUUUGUUGAAAAACAUCGUGAUCCAAGACAAAGUGCAAAUUUAACUAUUGAAUAUUUAUUAAAAGCGACCGAAGAACUUCAACUCACAAAUGAACAAGAUACAGGUAUGAGUCAUUCACAUGAGCGAACAUUCGACCACCAUAGUGCAAGUAGUUCUUUGAUCGAAGAAGAUCGAAGUUUUUCAACAUCAACUAUGUCUCAAAGUCAUAUGGCAAAACACCGCUUAUUAAAACAAAUAUCGAACAGUGAAUUCGAACCAUCAGAAAUUCAGGACGCACCUAAAGUAUCACUGAAAGCUUCUCAAACACACCAAUCGAGUCCACAGUAUCACAAACAGGAUAGAAAUAGCAAUAAUCGAGAAGAAAGAGAAUUUUCUAGAGAACCAAGAACCUUGAUAAACUCUACUAAUGAAACCAGAAGUUUUGAAUCCCAUUCAAGCAGUUCCCAAAAUAGUGAUGAAAUCGAUCGUUCAGUAACAAAAGAGAGUCUAAGAAACAUGUAUAAUGACUUUCACUCGAUGCCACCUUGUUCAGAAAGAUCCAUUAUCAACUUACUAUAUUUAUUAUCGUUUAAAUCAAUGGGUCGUAUGACAGAAUCUGAUGAUAGUAUGGUAAUACCUAGUCAGAUAGAUACAGAAAUAGCACAGCAACUUAAAUAUUUGAAAGAACGAUUAAAAAUAGAAGAAUUACAGUCUAUAGGAAUUCAAAAUUUAGUAGAAACAUGUUCAAUCAAUGUCAAAGAUGAAAAUUGGCAAGCUGCUUUGACAAUAAUACGAAAAUUAUUUAAACAGCUUAGUCCAUUAAAUAUGCAAGAAUUGUUUAGGCUCAUUGAGAAAGUUGAUGAUGCAGCACAUUUAAUAAAAGAUAAAAAUAUUAUUCUUUUCUUGGGAGAAACUGGAUCAGGUAAAUCAACUACGAUACAUUUUCUUGCGGGUUCUCAAAUGCAACCUGUAAUAGUGAACGGAUUAAAUCAUAUUACUCCUAUUAAUAUAAGAAAUCCUGAUUUAAAAAAAGUAACAACUUCACCAUUUGCUCGAUCUGAAACUCGAUAUAUAACUACAGUUACAGUAAAUUUCAAACAUGUUGGCGGAUUUACUGAUGGUGAUAUCAUUCUAUGUGAUACACCAGGAUUUGAAGAUACUAAUGGACCAGAAGUUGAUAUAGCAAAUGGUAUCGGUGUUGUUAGAGCAGUAAAAGGAUGUAAAAGUGUAAAACCUGUCGUAUUAAUUAGUUAUAAGAGUAUUGGUGAUAGAUGUCGUGGUGUAAAAGAGUUAGCUCAUGUAGUAGUCGGAUUGAUUCCAGGAAUUAAAGAUAAUAUUAGAGCAUUCUCCUAUAUAUUUACAAAAUUUCCAGAUAGUGAAAAACAAACAAUUCAUGCAUUAUUAAGAGAUAUCAAUGAUGAAUUGAAUGAAGAAGAAAAAUCGAAUGCUAGUUUCAUGAGUUUUUUAAAAGAUAUGUUACAGAAAACAAGAAAAUCAGUACGAGUAUUAGAUCCAAUCAAAGAUCGAGCUGGUGAAAUUCUUGAUGAACUUGCAGAAUCUGCUGCUAUAUCUUAUCCUGAUGAAGUUUUUCAAUUUUUUAUUACAGAAAAAUCAAAAACUACUGUACAAGAGCAAGUAAGAAAACAUCAAUUAAGUAUUAUGUCAGCAACUAAACGUUCUGAAUAUUUAUUUGUACAAUAUAAACUUGCUCAAUUGAAACGAUUAAAUAAUUUACUUGAACAAGAUUAUAUUGAACAAAUAUAUGAUGAAUGUAUUCGAUAUAUAAGUAAACAUCUUUCCGAAGAAUAUCAAAAUGGUAUUUCAAUAUUAAAUCGUUGUUUAAUUAAUCAAACAAUUUUAAGUAUUGACGAUAUUGAACAAUAUCGAACAUAUAUUAAUCAUGCUAAACUUGCAGAUGAAUUAAGAAAUGAUUAUUUAGGAAAGGAAGUUGUUCAUAGUAGUGCAUUUAUUUUAUAUCUAGAUCAACAAGUAGAUAUCAUACUUAAAUCUUUACAAGAAAAAGAUAUUAAUGAUUUAUCAGCAAAAACGAGUUUAGAUAAAAUAAAAGUUCUUGCUAUGUGUUUUUCAGAUAUCAAUAAUAAAUAUAAAGAUGCUUGUCAAACUUUUUCUGACAAGUACGAAUUAGUAGUCAAAUCUUACAAAAAUUCAGUACUCGAGAAAAAUUUUACUAAUAUUGCCAAUGAUUUAACGAAACUAUAUGAUGCAUGUAGUGUUUUAGAAAAUCAUUUAAAUAGCGAAUCUAUGAAAACAAAAUAUAGAGAAUUAAAAAAAUAUUUUCUACAAGUAUUAAAAGAUUCAGUUUCAAAAUUAAAUUAUAUACUUUCUCAAGAAAAAUAUGGAAAUGAGACUAUUGAAAGUAUCAAAGAAUGUGUACGUAUGUUUGAAACAGCUAGUAAUACAUUUACUUUGCAAUCACAUAUUUCAAAAGAAGAUAUUAAUCAAAUUUAUGAAGAUUUUUUAUUAAAAAUUAUGAAUCAUUAUGAACAAAUUGAUGAAAAAAUCAUUACAGAACUUAAAGGUGAAUGUUCAUUUCGUGAAUUAGAACAAUUAUUUGCAGAGAUUACAUUAAUUAGAACAAUAUCUAUUAUUGAAUCAAAAACUAAUCGUACUUAUUAUAGUACAUUAGAACAAAUAUGUGGUUGUAUAAGAGAAUUAAGAAGAGAAAUUGAAGAUAUAUUAAAUGGAUUCUAUCGUAAUGAAAAGAAUAAUUAUAAUAGUCUCAUGCGAUGUUUGUCAAGUUUGAAACAUGCAAAAUGGAUAGAAAAAUAUCGACUUGAAGUCUAUGCCGAUGUAAUCAAUAAUACUAAGGAACAAAUUCUUAAACAUAUAAAAGAAUUAGAAAAAAAUGUUAUGCAAACAGAUUUAGAUCUUGAUAAUUAUGAUAAAAUCGAGCGUAUAGAUAAUAUUGUAUUAGAAAUUAAUGAUAUGAAAGCUGUUGAAGAAAUUGUUCCAAAUAUAGGUCCACAUAUAGAAAAAAUUAAUUCUCGAUAUAAAAGUGAAAUAGAUAAUGUAUUUACUAUUAUUAACGAUACAUUUGAUUUAGAAAAGUGGAAAACACAAAAAGAUUCAAUCUUAGAUUUCAGUAUAGCUGAAAAAGGUUUUCAUUAUUUAAAUGUUUGUAAAAGAAUACAUAUUUCGUUCAGAAAUGAUUCUACACUUGUUAUUAAUAAAUUAAAAGGAUUUAUAAGAGAAUUUAGUAAUAUUGUUCAAAAUGAAAUGAAACAAUGUUUUACAGCUAUUAAAGAAUGUAAAAAUGAAAAUAGACAAGAAAUAUUUGAUAAAUCUUUAAAAUUAUUAAGUCGUUUAGAAGAAGUUUCUGAAAUAAAAGAUAAAUAUUCUCAAGUUUUUUCUUGUUUUCAAAAUCAAAAAAUUAUUGAAGAAUGGGAACGUGGGUUAGAAGGUUAUCUAACUGAUCUAUCAAGUGAAAUGACAUGUCUGAAUGCUGGAGAAAAUACUGAAGCUGUCAAUAAUAAAUUAUUAAUUGCAAAAGCAUUAAGUAAAUUAGAUCGAUUUUUGAAAGGCAAAAAAUUUAACGAUAUUUAUUCAACAUAUCAGCAUCUAUUUCUUAAUACAACUAGUGAUCGUGGUAGACAAGUUAUAGAAGAUAUUAAUAAUUUUAAAUAUGAACAUGUCGGUAAUGAUAUGAUAACAUUACAAACAGCAAAUGAAGUAGGACAACAUUUAUUUGUACAAGCUAAACGAGUACUUAAUAUUAGUAUAUAUAAUUUAAUGGAAGAAACAAAAACUCAAGCAAUUAUGCUUGGAAAUACUAUUGAAGUUCAAGCAAUUAAAUUGAUAGUAGAAAAUUUGAGACGAAUGCAAAAUGCAAAAAAAUUUAUAUCACAAUAUCUUGAUAAGCCCGAUGAAAUCGAUAUUUGUAUAGAAGAAGUUAAAAAAUUAAUCGAAGGACGUAUAAAACUCUUUUUAGUAAGUGUUAAUGCUCUUAUUAAAAUUAAUAAUUUCUAUGAAGCAGAUGAAAAAAUAAAUUCCAUUACAUUAAUUAGUAAUUUAUUAGGUACAUUUCGUACACAAUAUAUUUUUGAACAGCUUGAAGAAUUAAAUAAGAAUCAAGAUGAAGUCGUAUCUAAUGUUGUAAUAAAAAAAUAUACAGAAAUGGAUAUGAGUGAAUAUACUUUGAAUCCACCAAGAGACAUAUUUGAUAAACUUGGAAGAGUUAGCAAUAUAAAUCCUAGAUAUGAUCAAGCAUUAGAAGCUAUAAGAAGAGAUAUUUUAACAAAAUUUCGUAAAGAAUUAGAUGAAGCUAAAAAACAACAACCACCAAAUCCCGAUAAUAUUCAUAUAAGAAAGUUUGAAUCAGGAGUUCGAUAUUUACCAAAAGAUAUGCAAGAAUCUCUUGAAGUCGAUUUAAAACAUUGUAAAGAUGAAAUUAAAAAAAAUAUUGAAAAUAACGAUAGAGAUUUAAAGGAUGCAUGUGAUAGUAAAGAUCUUAAACGUAUUAAAGCAGUUAUUCAAGGUUAUCAACAGUCUGAAGGUAUGCAGUAUUAUGCAAAUGAAGGUCGAAAAUAUGUUCUUAAACAAACACAAGAUAUAAUUAUGAAAAUAAAUGAAAAUUUUAAAGAAUAUAAAAUACGAGAAGCAUUAGAUAAUAUUGAAACACUCUAUGCUUAUAAAGUUGAAUUAGAAAAUGUUGUCAAUAUUGAUCAAUCAUGUUUAGAAGUACGAUCAAAAGUAACAGACAUCUUUCAAGAUGUAUAUCAUUCUUGUAUGAAAUAUUUUUUUAAUGAUAAAGGACAUUCAUUAGUUGAUGAGAUGACUGGCGUAAUAGAAAGAAAUGUUUCUUGUUUGAUGGAAUUUAUGAAAUUUCGAGAUAGAUUUAAAAAUCAAUCUAUUUUACAGCAUAUGUUUCCAGAAGAUUUCAAUGAAAGACUUGUACUUUUUUGUGAAACCAUAAUAAAUUUUUUUAAUAACUGUCAACAAAAAUAUGAGAAAGCUAAGAAAGAAUCAGAUUUUACAUCUCUUAAAGAUGUUUUAGAUAUUAUGAAUAAAUGGAAUUCUACAUUAACAAAAAUAAAAAAUUAUGAUGAUAUGUUAUAUAGUAAUGAAACUUUAGUGACUACGAUUAUUACAUGUGUAAGAAUUUUGAUACCUUAUUCAACUAUGUUAGAAUCGAUAUCGAAAAUAAUUAAAGAAAUAAAAAAUACAUUGAUUCAAAGUAAAUUAAUUAAUGAAGAUAGAAAUGAAAUCGGAAAACAUCGAGAUGAACGUUAUAAGAAAUUUAAUGAACAAUUUUUAAUUUUAAAGAAAGCUAAAAUAUUUAAUAGUUUUCAUUUAAAUAUUGAUUUAAAUGAUAUUGAAAAAGAAUGUUUAUUAUCAUUUGAAAAGAAAAUUACCGAUAUUAUUUCUUAUGUUGAAUCUAUUUUAAAUCGUUUUUCAAUUGAUAAUCAUUUAACAAGAAAUGAUUAUAUUGAGUUUAAUAUAUGUUAUCUUAAUUUGAUAUCAUUUAGACAAGAAAUGACAUCAAUAGAAUGUGGAGUAAAAGAAAAACUAGUUCGAAUAGAUAAAAUUAUUUUCGACAAAAUUAAUACUUGGGUACAUUCAGCUGAACUUGAUUCAACAGUUCAAAAUGUUACUACAAUGUUAAUAAAUAUGAAACGUAUUUCAAUGGAUAUGCCUUCAUUUAAAACUAAAAUAAAUGAACGAAUAGAUGAAUUACUUAAUUAUUAUAAAAAUAUAACAAAUGAUAAUAUGGCUUUUACAAAGUUAGGUACACUUUUAAAUCAGGACAAAACUGGUAUAGGUCAAUCUAUUAUUUCAGAACAUAAAUCAUUUCAAGGUUAUUCUUUAUCUUUAUUUAAUGAAAAAACUCGAAGACAUGAUAUUACAUAUGUACUAAAUAAUUUAGAAGGAGAUUCUAUUGAUCGAAAAUUAUUAGAAAAACGUUAUGAUGAGUUUAAUAAAUUCUAUAAAGAAUUAGUUCAACAAAAUUUAAAACCAAAUAUGAAAUUAGAUAAAUUAAUAGAAAAUAUUAAACUAAUUGCAGGAAAUAUAAAACAGGAAUCAGAUAAUAUUGAUUGGGAUGCAGGAAUAAGAAAGAAAGUUCCAGAAUUAGCAGCAUAUAUUUUUGCUUUAUGGACACUUAAAAAUGCAGAACAUUAUUUUGAAGCUGAAGGUUCAGAUAAUCGAGAUAAUUAUCUUCUUCAACCUCAUGCAGCACAAGUUAUUGCUAUAUUUCGUAUGCUUGGUAUAGGUGAUAAGAAUGAAGAAUUAAAAAAUAAUUUAGUACAAAUAGGAACAGGUGAAGGAAAAUCUAUUACAUUAGGAUCUAUGGCUUGUAUACUUGCACUACUUGGUUUUGAUGUACGUUGUGCAUGUUAUAGUCAAUAUUUAAGUCAAAGAGAUUAUCAAGCAUUUGUACCAUUAUUUGAUUCAUUAGGUUUAUUAAACUAUAUACAUUAUGGUACAUUUAAUAGAUUAUGUGAAGAUAUCAUUAAUGAUAAUGGUGAUAUUCGCCAAGUAGUUGAACAGAUAAUAUCUAAAGAUUCUAAUACAGGAAUGAAAAAUAAUCAAAAUAUAAAAUGUGCUAAAAUAUUAUUAAUUGAUGAAGUUGAUGUUUUUUUUAGUCGAGAUUUUUAUGGUAAUGUUUAUACACCAACAGCUACUUUAAGAGAUCCUAUUAUAACAUCAUUAGUUCAUUUGAUUUGGAAAGAAAGAAAAUCUAGAUUAAAUCUUAAUAGAUUAAAAACUACAAAUGAAUAUAAUGAAUGUUGUAAGAAAUAUCCUAAUUGGAAAUUAUUAUUUGAAGAAGCCAUGAAAGAUAUGCUUUUUGAUGUUAAUAAUUUUGAAUCACAUGGUUAUAUUGUUAAUCAAGAUAAAAUUGGAUAUGUAGAACAAGAUAAUAUUGUCUAUAAUAUUGCUUAUGGUUAUAAAACUUUAUUUGCUUAUUUUUAUGAACAUGAAAGAGGACAAAUUAGUAAAAAAAGUUUAGAUGAAAAUAUAUAUGUAAGAAUUAAGUGUGGUAGUUUUUCUUAUGCUGAAAUACCACUUGAAUUUCAAUAUAUUAUGGGUGUAACAGGUACAUUAAAAACUUUAAGUGAUCCAGAAAGAAAAGUAAUACAAAGCGUUUAUAAGAUUACAAAAAAUACAUAUAUGCCAUCUGUAUUUGGUAUAAAUAAUCUUAAAUUUACAAUAAAAGAUGAUAUUAUGAUUGAUAAUGAAAGUGAUUAUUUUAAUGUCAUAAAACGAGAAAUUGAAGAUAGAUUAGUUGGAAAAUCAUCAGGAAAACGUGCUGUUCUAGUAUUUUUUGAAUCAAAUCGAAAAUUAAAAGAAUUUUAUGAUUCAACAGCAUUAAGUUCAUUAAAAGAAUCAACUGUUUAUCUAACAGAAGAAGCAUCAUUAGAAGAAAAAGAAAUUCUAAUUAAACGAGCAACAGUAUCAGGUCAAAUAACAUUAUUUACGAAAACAUUUGGUAGAGGAACAGAUUUUAUAUGUCAUGAUCAAAUUGUUGCUACAAAUGGUGGUACACAUGUUAUUCAAACAUUUCUUUCAGAAGAAAUAUCAGAAGAAGUACAAAUAAAAGGUAGAACAGCAAGACAAGGUGAUCAUGGAUCUUAUAGUAUGGUUCUACUUGAUCGUGAUCUUGAAAAAUUUCAUAUAGAAAAAGUUGAUAUUGAAGAUGUUAAAAAGGGUAAAGGAAUUCUUACUCGUAUUUCUGAUGCACUUAGAAUUACAAAAAAUUAUGAUACUAUAUAUGAUCUACUUAAUGAGAGACGUAUUGAUUUAUUUAAAACACAGUAUGAUAUGAAUACAAAAUAUGUUGAACAUGCAAGAGAAAAACAUAAAAUUGCCAAAAAAUUUUUAUCAAAUCUUAUUUCUGGCAAAAUAGAUUCUGUGAAAACGUUUUUAAUUGAAGAGAAUAAAGGUGUAGAAGGUUCUUAUACUUCACGAACUGUUUGUCUCAUGGACGCAACAGGUUCAAUGUACUAUUUAUUACAUAAGUGUAAGAAUACUGUAGACAUUAUGUUUGAACGUGCUUCAGCAAUUUUAAAAGAACAGAAUAUUAAAUCAGAUUCAUUUCAACUUCAAUUUGUUGUAUAUCGAAAUUAUAAUAGUAAAGAAGAUAAAAUUUUGCAAAGUUCUCCUUGGGAAACUAAACCAGAUAAUUUACGUGCUUUUAUGAAUACAAUUGAAGUUGAAGGAGGUUGGAAUAAUGAAGCCAUUGAAAUUGGUUUAUGGCAUGCAAAUCAAGAAAAUGAAAGAGAAAAUAUUACACAAGUUAUUUUGAUAGGUGAUGCUCCUCCAAAUACAAAAGACGAAGUAAAAGAGAAAAGAAAUGGCUUUAAAGAAACAUAUUGGAAAGGAACUAAAUUUUCAAAACCAACCUAUUAUCAAGAUGAGUUAGAUAAACUAAAAGCACAUAGCAUUCCAGUACAUGCUUUUUUUGUUGAACAACGAGCCGAAACAGUUUUUAAACAGAUUGCUCAACAAACAGGUGGACGGGGUGAAAUGUUAGACAUAAAUUCUUCAUCAGGUUCACAAAUGUUGACAGAUUUAGUAACUGAAGAGAUUCUAAGAAAUGUCGGAGGAACUACAAAAGGAAAUGCUCUUGUUGAAGCAUACAGAAACAGAUAUCAAAAAGGUUAUACAUAA